UUGUUCUGCAACGACAAUGAUCAAGCUGAGGUACUCCAAGAAGCUGUUCAGGAGGAGCUCCUCCAAGAGCAGCACGGCCAGCAGCGGCAGCAGUGACGGCGGGGAUGGCGGCGGCGGCGGCGGCCGCCGCGGGGAGAUCGGGUGGGAGGUGAGGCCCGGAGGGAUGUUGGUGCAGAAGAGGGACGGGAGGGGGGACGUGGAGGUGAUCACGGUGGCCACGGGGUUCUCUUGGCACGACGUCUCCAUCGGGGCUACCUGCACUUUUGGGGAGCUGAAGGUGGUGCUGUCUAUGGAGACAGGGCUGGAGCCUCGGGAGCAGAGGCUGCUGUUCAGAGGCAAGGAGAGGGAGGACAGCGACCAUCUCCACAUGAUCGGGGUGAGCGACAAAGACAAGGUGCUGCUGCUCGAGGACCCUGCCCUCAAGGACAUGAAGCUCCGGGCCGCAAGGGCGGCCCAAGCCAUGCAGAGCCCGUACCGGCCUUUCAUCAAGGUGUAGGCUGGCCCGGCCCAACAUUGUGCCAACCUUUUAUACUAAUAUCAACCGCAUCAUUAGGGGCAGACUCAAAGAGAACUUUAUCAGAUUCUAGGUUUCAGUAGACUUGAUUAGCAUCUAAGAAGCUACAAACUUUGAUCAAUUUUGGGUUAGGUUUUACCUUUGAUCAGCAGUCUAUCAGGGCUUCCGACAGUGAGUUUUCGGAGCAGUGCAGGAGACGAUUGUGUUGGCAACCAGGAGCGGGCUCCAUAUAUAUUCAUGGGUAUUCAGUUGAAUACCCAAAAUUUUUGAAGAAAAAAUUAUGCAUAUACUAUAUAACAUGUAUAUGUAUCAUAAAA